GUUCUCCAACAUUGGCUGCUUACUUUUGAUAUCAGGCGCAAGGACCUUAAUAAUUCUGAAGAAAAAACUUUGCAUAAUCUCCUUAAUAGAUGGUCUGUAUUAAAACAUCCACAAGGAUAUCAAUUAAUUGUUCAAGAUUUCGACGCAAUGAAUCUAAGCAAAGUCAGUUUAGAUUUAAAUAUUUGGCAACAAUUUAUGGAUGUAAUAAUCAAAUAUUCAACAUCUAACACCAGACAUGACGAAGUAAAUUUAAUGUUGGAAAAAUUAAAAGAUAAAGACAUUUCAACCGAUACAAAAGUGGCUGUAGGUCUUAUGUUACUGCCACACUUAAUUCCGCCAAAAGGAUUGAAAAAAUAUAAAGGCAAAUGUUACAAACCUUCGAUAGCUAAUGCCAAAGAGAGCCUGAUAAAACAUGCAAGCAUUCCUGGAGAUAUGACUCUAAUCAAACAAGAAGCAAGAAAACAUGCUGAGAUGUUGAAAAUUACGUUGCAACAGUAUAUAAUUGUUCUUGGGUCCCCUUAUGAAAUUAAAGAAUCUUACGUUCAAGUGGAUGAUAUUUUAUACAAAACAAAUAGUACUUUAGAGGCAAUCGAUAUAUGUUUUAAAACAUUUCAUGUUUUUCAAGUAAACUAUCCUAUAAUGAGUGAACAUCUUUGGAUGUUAAUCCAGAAAGGUAUUUAUAAUUUUACUACAAAAUGGGAUUCUAUAAUUCCUAAUAUAGAACAUGUACUAAGUAAAGUAUCCAAGUCUUUUGAAAAAAGUGUUAAUUCUGAUACUAUUACUGUGUAAAACACUUUUAAACUGGUUAUUAUUAUUAAAAAUAAUAUUUUUUAUACUUAUAAUAAGUUGC